UUCUCCUUCACGAAGACCCCGAAGCGUGUGAUCCAGAGGGCCUUCAUGGCCAGCAGCACCCCCGAGGACAAGAGCCCCGCCCCCCCCCUCUGAGCUCCGCCCCCGCCUGGGCAGCUCUGCAACGAUGUCGCUCCCACGCUCCAGCUCCACGUUCAACGUGAGCGGGGGGGGGCGGAACGCGGUCGUGCAGCGGUCGAACUCCCUCGACCCCUCGCCCCGCCCCCGCGUGUCCAUCUGCAUCCGAGCCCCGAGCAGCCCUGACCGCGCCCCCUAUAGCACGGCUCCGCCCCCGGCCACGCCCACUGUCACCCUGGCUCCGCCUCCUGUGGCCUGCCGGGGCCCCGCCCCUCCUGCAGACCCCCGAAAGACCAGCGCUGCCCCCCGCAGGGAGACCCUGCUGUAGCCCCAACGCACAUGGCCCACUCUCCCUCCAUGGUCAAUCUGCCCUCCAUGUUCGAGAGGAAGUACCACACCUUCAGCCGAUCCACCACCCAUCUCAUCUGACCACCCGCGACUGCGUGUGACUGCCCUAAAUCAAUCUGCGUCUGCGCAGGUCUGCGCUAAAACACCCAGCGACUGCGCAGGUCUGCGCUAAAACACCCAGCGUCUGCGCAGGUCUGCGCUAAAACGCCCAGCGUCUGCGUAGGUCUGCGCUAAAACACCCAGCGACUGCGCAGGUCUGCGCUAAAACACCCAGCGUCUGCGCAGGUCUGCGCUAAAACACCCAGCGUCUGCGCAGGUCUGCACUAAAACGCCCAGCGUCUGCGCAGGUCUACGCUAAAACGCCCACCCUCUGAAACGGUACACACAUCAUCCGGGCCUGUCAGUCACUCAUCCGGGCCUGUCAGUCACACAUCAUCCGGGCCUGUCAGUCUUUAGGUAGCACGCAUACGGACCCAUGCCGUCGAACGUGAAAAAUGAAGUUUAUAUAUGUUUAUAUAUCUAUCUGUCAUAUAUAUUAGUUUUGUGUCUUUUUUCUCGCACGUACAUUGAGUGACACUUAGCAGUGAUUUGUAGAAGGACAGAUUUAUUUUCACUAAUUAAUUAUUAAUUAAAAGUAUGUCUAUGUUUUGUGGGAACAUGCCAGCUUUUUUCAUUAACGUAACGCACACAUUGUCCAGCUUUUAUAAAGCUCUAGAAUAUUAACUUUUAAAAUGUCUGAUCAGGACGAAAGUCAGUUUCUCUCUGAAGCAGUUUUUUAGCGGAGGGGGGGCGGGUGAUGGUGCAUGUUCCUGUUCCAGUGUCCUCUACGUCAAAAGUGCCUGUUUCCCUUUCUCAGUAUUUAUAUGUAAAUAUGAUUCUUUUUCCCCACAUCUGUCUGUGUUCUUAGUUCAGUUUUGUCCACAUGUUCUGAAUCAGAGGCACUUAUGCGUAUUUUAUGUGUGAUUAUACUGUUUUUAAAUAAAUGUGUUGUUUUUGUAUCGUAGUCUGCCAUGUACCGCUUGUCCUGGUGAAUCAGACUGGAAAAUAAGCACUACAUGUACGCAAUACUGAAUGAUUCUGACUGGUUUUAAACGGUCACAUUUUUAUUGCUGUUUAACCCGACACAUUUUACUCUUCAAUAAAAGGGAAGAAAUGUCCGUUUCCUUUUCCGGGGGCCGUGUUUGUUCCUCUUCUCUCCUGUGUGAAAUUUGGGGGCUCCCUGAUGACACCCCAGUUUAUCGGCCAGCCCCGGAUUUCUCGGGCGUGCGUAUUGAGACGUUUAGUCCGGGGGCGUGUUGGGCGAUGCUGAGUGUGUUGGGCGUUUAGUCCGGGGCGAUGCGGAGUGUUUGUGUGUCGGGCGUUUAGUCCGGGGCGAUGCGGAGUGUGUCGGGCGUUUGGCGGUUCUGCCCGUAAUGGCGGCUCUGGGGCGUCGCCCUGGCGGACAUUUUGUGCCCCUCCCCCCCGGGGUGCUCCGGCCGGGCCGUGUGAUUGGGCCUCCCCCCCCCCCCCCCCCCUCCCCACACUGAGCGCUGGACCAGCCUGAGGGUCCCUGAAUGCCCCCCCGCCCCACCGUGUAAAACACCGUGGCCAAACGGUGUUUGGAGCGGAUGAUGAGGGGGAGGGGGGUGUAUUUCUGUAUUUCUCGACAGCCAACAGCCGCAGCUGAGAAGCUAUAAAAAGAGUUCAUAUUUUGGAGGUUGUGCGUCAUGUGCUGUCAUUGUGGUGUUAUCAUUACUGUCCCUUAGAAUAAUAAUAAUUUGAAUAAUUUUCUGAUCUCUGAUACGAUCCGUGUCCAAACAUGGAAACUCAUCUUUAACUGCGUUGUGAAAGCAGCCGGGCUUCAGGUGCUGGUUCUCCCUGCGGGUUGGAGCUGAGGUUCUGUUCUCUCAGAACCGGCCCCACCGCUCCUGAAGAGACGCGUGAUCUCUGAUCCCCACGGCAACACCCCCGUCACACGUUCCUUCUCCUGUCGUGUCUUUCUACUGUUUUUUAUUUUGUAUACUCUGUGCUACUUUGUUUUGUGUACUUUGUGAUUGUAUUCUCUUCCUUUAUUUCUAUAAUAUAAUGUAUUUCCUGACAUGUAUCUUCAGGUUGGAGAAGCUGCUGAAAGGCAGGUCUUUAAACCUGAGAUUAAAUGAAGUAUUUUACAUGUUCUGUAAUUCCCUGUUUUUUUUUACACGUGGAGUUUUUCUGUGUGAUUUAACGGAUAAAGAGGCGUCCAAUAAAGUAAUGAGCUGCAGGCUCCUUGUUUCUGA